AUGUCGUGCGAUACAAUGCGUCUUUACUGUUUAUGCUAUUUUUCUUGGAUAUUGAUUCAUUACGGCUUUACUCAUCCGUUGGAGUAUGAUUAUAUAGUGGUCGGAUGUGGUUCUGCGGGAUCAGUUGUAGCUAACAGAUUAUCAGAGGAUCCGAAAUCUAGUGUAUUACUUCUAGAAGCGGGAGAAGAACCAAGCCUCUUAUCUGAUGUCCCCCUCCUCCCUUUGAAACAAUUAUUAUCGACAAAAACGAGUUGGGGCUAUCGAAUGGAACCUCAAAAACAUAGUUUUUUUGGAUACGAUAACCACGCACCACGUUGGAUAACAGGAAAAGUACUGGGAGGAACGAGCGUCCUAAAUUACAAUUUAUAUGUUCGUGGCAACCCAAUGGAUUUUGAUAAUUGGGCAAAGGAAGGAGCUAUUGGAUGGAGCUGGAAAGAUGUAAUCGGUUAUUUUAUUAAAUCAGAAGAUAAUACCAACAAGGAAUUACUACUAAAUGGAUAUCAUGGUGCAGGAGGACCUAUGACUGUUGCGCAUUCCCCAUUCUACUCUCCUGUCUUAAAGAAUUUCUUAGCCUCUGUUCUUGAAAUGGGAUACAAAAUUGGAGAUUUCAAUACAGAUAAACAAGAUCAAUUUUUUGCAACUCAAGGAACGAUAAGAGAAGGAAAGAGAUUAAGUUCUUAUUCAGCAUUCAUAAAACCAAUCUUAUGCAGAAAAAAUUUUCGGCUGAUAAGUUCAGCAUUUGUAACAAAGAUAUUACUCGACAAGUUUAAACAGGCAAAAGGUGUGGCAUAUGAAAAGGAUAACGUUACGAAAAUCGCUUAUGCCAGAAAAGAAGUUAUUAUUUCUGCAGGAGCUGUUAAUACGCCUAAAUUGCUUAUGCUUUCCGGAAUAGGACCAAAAGAACAUUUAUCAGACCUCGGAAUCCCUGUUGUUGCUGAUCUUCCUGUUGGACAAAAUUUUCACGAUCAUAUCGGGCGACCUAUGAUAUUUACUAUUGAGAAACCUUACUCUUUUCAUCAGCUGACCCUAAAUCAAAUUGAUUACACUCUAUACUUGGAUUCUGGUAAAGGACGCUUAACUUCAUUAAGUGGCGCAGAAGUAAUUGGAUUUAUUAAUACUAAAUAUGAGAAGAAAAAUUGGCCUGAUGUUCAAAUAGUACUUUUAGCAAAUUCUCUAUUGUCGGAUGCGGGUCUAGCUCUUUUGUUCCCAGGAGGACAUCUAAAUAAAGACGUAUAUUUGAAAGCCUUUGUUAAAUAUAAGUUGAAACAUACAAUCACUUGUAACCCAAUCCUUAUGCGUCCGAAAAGCCGUGGAUGUGUCUUGUUAAAAUCCAAAAAUCCUCAUGACACACCUCGAAUCAAUCCUAAUUAUCUGUCGAAAGUUGAAGAUGUGUUAGCUUUAAUAGAAGGAAUGAAAACGUGUAUGGCUUUUGGAGAAACAAGUGCAUUGAAGAAACUUGGCAUUAAAUUAUUGCAGUCUGAAUAUCCGAGAUGCGAUCAUUAUCCUGUAGAAUCAGAUGAAUACCUUGCUUGCAUCCUUAGGGUAUUUAGUAUAGCACUGUAUCAUGGAGCUGGUACUUGCAAAAUGGGAAGUCCUACGGAUCCAAGUACUGUUGUUGAUGCAAAAUUAAGGGUGAAAGGUAUACCAAAUUUAAGAGUUGCAGACUGUUCAGUAAUGCCUUUAGUGGUAUCAGGCAACCCUCACGCAGCAGCAGUUAUGAUUGGAGAGAAAGCUGCUGAUAUUAUCAAAUUUGAUUCACUUGGAAAAGAUCUAACUUUUCAAUACUUUUAG